AUCUCAUAACAUUUAACAAAACAAAAGAAAAAUUCUCAAAUCUCUUUUCCAUCUCAUAAAGUCGACGACACCCAUUAGAGUUAUAUAAAAUUCCCGAAAAACUAUUCUCAAACAUUUUCAAAACAAAAACUCGAAAAUAUUUUGCAACAACAACUACAAAUUUUAAAAAAAGAUUUAAAUUAAAAUUUAACACAAGGAUUUCUCUAAAAUAAAAAUAAUAAAAUUUUGCUCUAUACUCGCCAGCAUUCAACGAAAUACAAAUAAAAACAACAACAAAAUAACAAUUUUAUUGUAUUUAAUAAAUAAUUUUUAUUUAUUUAUGUAUUUUUUACUAAAUUCUAUACAAUAUUUUAUAUAUUGAGCCUUAAGAAACCAACAACAAACAACAGCAUUGAUUUUUAUUGGAAACGAAGGAUUAAAUAAGAAAAAAUAAGAAAUCGUUAACAACGUUUUUAAAAUAAUUUUAUAAAAAUGACUGAACAAAGUAUUAUCGGAGCUAGAGCCUCCGUUAUGGUUUACGAUGAUAACCAAAAGAAAUGGGUACCAUCGGGCACCUCAUCAGGUCUCAGUAAGGUCCAAAUCUAUCAUCAUCAACAGAAUAAUACAUUUCGUGUGGUGGGACGUAAAUUACAAGAUCAUGAAGUUGUAAUUAAUUGUUCCAUCUUAAAAGGACUGAAAUAUAAUCAAGCCACUGCCACAUUUCAUCAAUGGCGCGAUUCGAAAUAUGUUUAUGGCCUAAAUUUCUCCAGUCAAAAUGAUGCUGAGGCAUUUGCUCGGGCUAUGAUGCAUGCAUUAGAUGUUCUCAGCGGUCGUGUGCCCAACAAUCCUGGCCAGCCUAUGAAUGGCAAUAGUUAUGAGGAGGAUAUGGGCUAUCGUACCAUGACCAGUGAAGAUGCUGCCAUUUUAAGACAACAACAACAGAUUACCGGCCAGGUAACACCAUCGGCUCAAACACCAACUUCACAAACAAAUCAAAAUAAUAUUCCACAAAGCCCACCGACACCACAGCAGGGUCAUCAUCGUACUAGCAGUGCUCCACCGGCUCCCCAGCCACAACAACAAAUGCUACAGCAACAACAGCAGCAGCAACAACAAGCUCUAUAUGGUCAUACUGGUAAUGGACCAACUCAGAAUGGUGGUAUGCAGCAGCAACAACAACAGUCAACACAACAAAUGCAACAACCACCACCAGCACCAGGUCAAACACAAUAUCAUGCUCCCCAACAGCUGCAACAGCAGCAACAACCACAGCAACCGUCUCAACAUCAGCAGCAGCAACAACAUUCUAUUUAUGCCUCACAACAAAUGGUCAAUGCUGCCGGUUAUCCACCACAACCAAAUCAGGUUAUUUCUCUCUUGCAGUCUACCCCAGCUCCUACAGAGAAUAGUGGUAGCAGUACUCCAAGCGGUGGCAGCGGUAAUUAUGGUACCAUUGGACGCAGUACUAAUGGCAUGGCCUCUAUGAUGGAUGAAAUGGCCAAAACGUUAGCACGACGACGUGCUCAAGCUGAAAAGAAAGAACCCGAGCCGGAACCCGAAGUUAAACAGAGACCCUGGGAAAAAUCCAAUACUCUGCCACAUAAAUUGGGCAAUUCAAAUUCCAGCAAUUCCAAUGCUAAUUCAAAUAAUACAUCGAAUAGUGGCGGUGAAUCACCCAGACCCAUGCGCAAACGUUUCGGCAGUGCAAGUGAAGAAACGAUACUUAAGGUCAAUGGCGAUAGUUUAUCGGUAGCAUUAUCGGGCAGUGAUUUGGAACAAUUAAAGGCUGAAAUUGUAAGAGAAAUGAAACAAGAACUACAAAAAGUUAAACAAGAAAUCAUAGAUGCUAUCAAAUCUGAAUUUAACAGAAGAUAAAAUAAUUAUCUUUAGGUAAAUAAAUUUGGAUCUGAUUAAUAAAUAAAUAAACGUAUUUUAUACAUAAAAUAUAUAUAUA